UGCCAAUCAAUGUACGGCAACAACACACAUUAGGAGGGUGAAACUUAAGCGACAUGUGUUAGAGAGAGUGCGGGAGAUCUUGACCGUAAGAUUCCUCCUUCAAAUCAAAGUAUUAUAAACCUCAUAAGAGAAAGACCGAAGAGGAAGAAAAUCCCAAGAAAAAAAAGGAUAACAACUUUGAAGUUAGGGAAGCAGUUUACAUCCAUGGCAGCUCGUAGAGUAUCUUCUCUACUAUCUCGAUCCUUUUCAACUUCCUCUCCCUUUCCCUUUCGUUCACAAGGGAGAAACUGUUAUAAUGGAAGUAGGGUCGUAAGGAGAUUUGGAACCUCUUCUGCAGCUGAAAAAAUCAUAAGCCCUUCGGUUCAAGUGUCUUGCACACAGCUCCUAAUCGAUGGGAAUUUCGUAGACGCUACUUCUGGUAAGACGUUCCAAACUCUUGAUCCACGCACAGGGGAGGUCAUUGCGGAUGUAGCUGAAGGAGAUGCUGAAGAUAUUGAUCGGGCGGUGAAAGCUGCAAGGAAGGCUUUUGAUAAAGGACCUUGGCCUAGGAUGACUGCUUAUGAGAGGUCAAGGAUAAUGCUGAGAUUCGCAGAUUUGGUUGAGAAACACAGCGAAGAGCUCGCGGCUCUAGAGACAUGGGACAAUGGGAAGACUUAUCAACAAGCCAAAACAGCAGAGAUUCCAAUGCUCGCCAGAUUGUUUCGCUACUAUGCUGGAUGGGCGGAUAAGAUUCAUGGGCUUACCGUUCCAGCUGAUGGAAACUAUCAUGUUCAGACACUGCAUGAACCAAUAGGCGUUGCUGGACAGAUCAUUCCAUGGAACUUUCCUCUUUUGAUGUUUGCUUGGAAAGUUGGUCCUGCUCUUGCUUGUGGUAACACCAUUGUCCUUAAAACCGCUGAACAAACUCCUCUCACUGCUUUCUACGCCGGCAAGCUUUUCCUUGAAGCGGGUCUUCCUCCAGGUGUUCUGAAUAUAGUUUCUGGAUUCGGUCCAACCGCAGGUGCUUCCCUCGCGAGUCACAUGGAUGUAGACAAGCUUGCUUUCACAGGAUCCACUGAUACAGGCAAAGUUAUACUUGGACUAGCUGCUAACAGCAAUCUCAAGCCAGUGACACUAGAACUUGGAGGAAAAUCACCCUUCAUCGUAUUCGAAGAUGCAAAUAUCAAUAAAGCUGUAGAGCUGGCACACUUUGCUCUCUUCUUCAACCAGGGGCAAUGUUGCUGCGCGGGGUCUCGGACGUAUGUUCAUGAGAAAGUGUAUGAUGAGUUUGUUGAGAAAGCAAAGGCACGCGCAUUGAAACGUGUGGUUGGUGAUCCUUUCAAGAAAGGCAUUGAACAGGGUCCUCAGAUUGAUUCGAAGCAAUUCGAGAAAGUGAUGAGGUACAUAAGGUCAGGUGUUGAAAGCAAUGCUACUCUUGAAUGUGGUGGUGAUCAGAUUGGGAACAAAGGUUACUUCAUCCAACCUACAGUCUUUUCUAACGUUAAGGACGAUAUGCUUAUUGCUCAAGAUGAGAUUUUCGGUCCAGUCCAAUCAAUCUUGAAGUUCAGGGAUGUGGAUGAGGUGAUAAGGAGGGCUAACGAGACGAGGUACGGGCUAGCCGCAGGGGUAUUCACAAAUGUUGGGGAUGGAUUUAACCCAUCCACAAAGCCCAUCGAACAAAAGGCCCAAUCCAGCAAACCGAGUCGACGUCGGCGCAGAAGCCGAUUCUCGAGGCUUCAACUUAACCAGGAAGCGCCGUUAGUCGAAGCGGAGAGCAAGCGAAGCGAGGCUGAUCGACUAAACGGCUCGGAACGAGCGCCUCAUAAUCAGGCCCGAAGGGCCGACAAAGCCCAAUCAGUAAAAAGAGAUUAGGUUAAGGUAAUCGAACAGAGUAUAAAAGGAGAGGAAAGCAAAGGAGAAAGGGGAUGAACACUGAGCUACACAAACUUAGCGGCGAGAUUAGGGUUUAUCAUCCGUACAAUCAUCUCUCUGCUAUUUGUACUUUUCCGGUUUAAGCUCUCACGAGCUCCGGCCUGCUUUUACUUUCUCCACCUUUGUAACA